ACAUCAUCACCACCACUCCACCCUGCCUCUUUCCACCCGAUCCGUCUUUUCUCAUGACAGUCACACACACUCUCGUUAAGGUGAAUCUCUCUCGAAGAGCAAGCGAAAAAGAGAGAAUAAGUUUAUGUCUAACUCCAGCAUUCACUUGAUUGCACGUACACUCUCGCUCUGAUUUGCUUACUGCGUUCCGCAACCGACCAAGAGGAGGAUCAGCCGCUGGCCUGAAACGCGAGAGCAAGACCUCCAAUUAGCCCUUACCCUCUUUUCUCCCGCACUGGUCUGUCGCCUCUCCACAGUUGCUUCGCUGCCUCUCCCGCACAUUCUCUUCGCCUGUGUCACUCUCGCCGCGGAAGGCUGACCAGUCAAAAGGAAUUGAUACAACGUGAAUAGGUUUGCUGGACGGUCGCUGUUACUCGUUGCUGCACCCUGACAAAAACCUCGUCUGACGUCUCCACGCCGGUUAAACAGAAGCGAGGAGGCCGACAUGUCAGGAGGCUACAAUCCUUACAACACCUCGUUCGGCGGCUCGCAGCUGCAGCAAGAAAACGACCCCUAUGCCUCUCCUCCUCCACCUCCCAUACACCGGCAAUUGCAGCCGAGCAUGCACGCAGAUUCGAAUUUCCACCGAAUGCAAAACGAACGACGGUUUGGAACCUCGUCACAGCAACAACCAUACAGCAAUGCACCCGGGAGCCCGCCUCGGAAGCCUGUUGCCUCACCCAUAAAUAGAGACGAUUCGCCCUCACCUCCCAUGCAUUUUGCGGGUGUAUUACCUGCGUACCCGCCACCUGCCUCAAGAAGCCCCCCACAAGCACGACGGCCGUCACCACCGAGGCAAAACCAGUAUGCAAACAGCGACUAUAGUCCGACUAUGGGAGGCGCGGCGGGAGGAGUGGGAGCUGCAUUGGCUGAGGGUAUUGCGAACGAUCGGGCGUUCUCCCAACCAGGCAACGCGAGUCAAUAUGCACUCAUGGCCGAAAGCAAUCCUUACAUGAACUCGAUGGAUCAUGAAUAUGACAAUUCCGCCCCAUACAGGCACGAUAUCCGCUCCCAUGACUCGUAUGGCUCGGAAGCCCCGCUGGCCGCCGCUGCAGUUGCACCUAGUAUCUCUACGCCGAGUCACUCUGACUCGAGGAGCUUCGCGCAAUACCAGGACUAUUCACCUACGCCUAGCAGACAUCUAUACCCAAAUCAGUACCAAGAUCAAUCAAUACCGAUGUCACGAUCCCACGAGCAGAUGGUAUCAGCUGCUGCGAUUAACCCGAACGAUAUACUCGACGAUGACGAUGAUUUCCCUGUACAGCCGAAACGUGCCUCACGUCUCAAUUUGCCAUUUAAUAGAAGUAAUCCGUCACGAGUUAAUGCGGUUGGUGGUGCUGGCAUAGGCGCAGGGGCCAUAGGUGACGACGUAGCCGGCGGCUUCAACAGAGAUCCCAGCGGCAACUACAGCUCAAUACCUGCAAACCGGCCUGGCGGGCUUGACGAGAAGAACGUGUGGCUAGCGGACAAUAGCAAAGACAGCAGAAAGUGGAAGAAAAUAGGAUUCAUCGUUGUUGGUCUUUUGAUCAUCGCCGGUAUUGUUGUUGGUACAGUUGUCGGCGUCUUACGCCAGAACAAGGACAGCAGCAAUUCACAGUCAAGCAGCUCGCAAUCUGCGGCUGCGGAUGACGCCUCCGGUGAUCUGUCCAAGAACUCGGCCGAGAUUCAGAAACUAAUGAACAACCCCGAUCUGCACAAAGUCUUUUCUGGUUUCGCAUACACGCCCUUGGGGGCGCAAUACCCAGCGUGUUUAACCAACCCACCAAGCCAGAACAAUGUCACACGCGACAUGGCUGUGCUCAGCCAACUGACCAACGUGGUACGGUUGUAUGGUACAGACUGCAACCAAACGGAAAUGGUGCUCCACGCCAUCGAUCGCCUACAACUUACUGACAUGAAAAUAUGGCUAGGGGUUUGGCUUGAUAAUAAUGACACAACCAAUACACGUCAGAUCAACCAGAUGUGGAGCGUCCUGGAUCAAUACGGUCCUGACAACAUGAAGGGUGUAGUCGUUGGAAAUGAGGUUUUGUUCCGCAAAGACCUCACCGCUGCCCAGCUUGGCACCUAUCUCUCCCAGACAAAGGCAAAUUUGACAGCGCGAAACAUCAACUUGCCUGUCGCCACAUCCGACCUUGGCGACAACUGGACGGCAGAGCUAGCUUCGGAGGUUGACGUUGUCAUGUCCAAUAUUCACCCCUUUUUUGGUGGCGUUCCCAUCGACCAGGCUGCGGGAUGGACAUACACUUUCUGGCAAGAUCACGAUGUCGCAGUCACGAAGGGCAUGACCGGCAAAACGCACAUAAUUUCAGAGUUCGGGUGGCCAUCGGCGGGUGGCAACGACUGCGGUGACGGCGCGAACUGCGCAACCAGCACUCAGGGUGCUGUGGCAUCAAUUCCAAAUAUGAAUACGCUAAUGAACGAUUGGGUGUGUCAGGCAAUGGCUAACGGGACAGACUACUUUUGGUUUGAGGCAUUUGACGAGCCGUGGAAGAUCCAGUUCAACACGGCAAAUGAGAAUUGGGAAGAUAAGUGGGGAUUAAUGGACGUCAACCGCAAUUUGAAGAAGGGGCUCAUCAUCCCGGACUGUGGUGGAAAGACUGUUGGUUCAUAAGGAGAGAAGUGGAAGGAAACAAAACCGAAGAGUCGCACGUUUCGAAUGAGAUUUGCGUACCUUCCGUUCUUAUAUUUGGCUAUGACGGCAUUACGUGGAGACAUGAACGAUACGCUACUCGACAGGUACUCUACUAAGAGCGCCUCGCAUCGAUUUUACGACGUUUAUACCCCAUUUUUAGCGGUUCGAUCUGACACUCCACCAUACGUCUACGAUCUUCUCGAUCCAGCAGGAUGUUUAAACAGAAUUCAUGGUGAGAUGUAUGCGCUUUUUUUCGUCUUCAGUGACGAUUUCCAGGUAUAGGAACUAUUUGUACAUAUUACAUAUUGCUGCCGGCCGCCAGUAUGAAAUGAGAGUCUAGUCAUUUGCCCGCGGCAGAUCGUAUGAAAGGGCUUUCGAUUCACCACGCAGGAUCAGAAUUGUACGUUUGUGUGCAUAUAUGAGUUGGGUCAUAUUUGUUUGAGGGUAGAGAUGAGGCAUUGCAUACUUAUCUACAUUUUCUCGAUGCCUUGAAACAAGUAUUCAAAAGCACAGAUUCGGGACAGUCUUUGCUGUCAAAUGCUAUCUACGACUGCUAUAUAGUAACGAAAUUGGGAUGGCCUCAUCUUUGAUGCCAUCAGCAUAAAGACGUUGGAAACCUGUUUCACAAAUCUGAC